GUUAGUCAAUCCCCGUUUUUCAAGGGUGUCUUGUGUUCAGGUCUGACCGACAGAAGAAAACAUCUUAUCCGGUGGAAUAUGUUUUGGUGUCGUAUUGAAAUGGGGAUUCUAGUCGUGUUCCUCCUCUUAGGAAGCGUCACCGCCAGAUUGACUGAUUCGAACCAAGUGCCAAGAAAAGGGACACCCAGCUUCAUUCAACCUAUCGAAAAUGCUUCAGCCGUGAUUGGCCGAGACGCAAUGCUGAACUGUUUCAUCGACAAUGCUCAAGGUUUUAAGAUCGCUUGGAUCCGAGUGGACACGCAAACCAUUCUUACCAUGAACGAGAACGUGAUCUCUCGUAAUCAUCGUUUCUACAUCGACCACAACAAACUGGAUCGCCAAUGGAGUCUUUCAAUUCGCGAAGUCAAGCCCAGCGACCAAGGGUGGUACAUGUGUCAAAUCAACACCGAUCCCAUGAUGAGCACCACCGGAUACUUGGAAGUUUUAGAGCCUCCUCAGCUGAUCGAAUCUGGGAUCAGUCCAGAUUUAGAGGUUCGCGAAGGUGAUCGCGCUAUAUUACGUUGCCAAGCGGAAGGAAAUCCAGCCCCCAACAUUACAUGGAUGAGGGAGGAUAAACGGCGGAUAUCGGGCGGACAAAGACAUGGAGCGACCUUGCGCUUCAAGCGUGUUUCGCGAGGCGAUAUGGGAGCUUACUUAUGCAUGGCGGCCAACGGCAUUCCACCUAUUGUGAGUCGACGCAUUCAUCUGGACGUCUUGUAUUCACCAGUGAUCCACAUCAACCUACAAGUGGUGCGUGCAUCAGUGGGCGAUAAGAUCUCGUUGAAUUGCUCGAUUACUGGAAACCCCACUCCAUCUCUUUAUUGGGAGGUCAAUGGAAAGCCUCUGGCAACAGAUUCUCCCAACCACUUCCUUCGUAAAUUCAGGCGCCAAAAUGGGAUAUUUUCGAAUCUUCAGGUACUUUUGACCGUCGAGAGUGAUCGCAUCGUCACUUAUCAAUGUUGUGGCAACAAUUCCGAGGGCAAAGCAGCGGAUGAAGUCGAUAUCCAUGUUAUUGAGCGCAUUAGCUACGGGGAGGCUCCGAAAGUGGUCGAAAGCGAAGAUCCCCCAGAAGAAACCGCUUUCAUUCAAGGCAAUCCUUGGGAAUUUCAGGAUGAACAAAUCCCACAUAUUCAAUCCGGGAAAUAUCAAGAAUAUCAGAGUGAGUCUUCGCCAGGGUUGCCAACAAAUUUUCAUGACAAUGAGCCCAAGCCAGAUCGAGAUUGGCUAUUCACCAAGACAUCCGCUUCGACCAAUCUAGUAACAUUGAGCACGACCUGUCUCCUGGCCAUGAGUUCUCUGGCGCUUUUCACUUAACAGACUAGUUGAGGCCUAAAUAUUAGCUUACUACUUACUUUUUGUUGGUUGACACAGUUUUUAGAUCCGAUGUUCAUUAUUGCCCCUUUCAACCACGUGUAUGUCACCCUGGUUUAUAUCCCGAUUGCAAAUGCCAGAUUGUCAGAUUCAAAUAAAGCAACACAACACCUUUGA